GCUCUCGGUUUCUCGUUUGAUGGGAAGGAGGAGGACAAAAACCAGGAGCAGCAUGAGAUCCGUUCAGAGCUCGCCCUGACUUCUCCUCAGAGACCGGAUCUGCUCAUCAUUCUCACUCACGCUCAGGCCGCCCCACAUGAUGCAGCACUUGGGGAAGAGCAGCGUCGGCCCCGCAGAGUCCACCUCCUGUAGCCAGAGGAUGGGGGACGACAUCAGGAGCAGGAGCAGCGAUGCUCGGCGGCCUCUGGCUGCACAGAACAUGAACAACUGUAACAACAAUGAUGGCAAGAAAGACGAGAAGAAAGAGGAGCCCAAAAAAGACGAGAAGAAGGAUGACAAGAAAGAGGAGCCCAAAAAGGAUGAGAAGAAGGAUGAGAAAAAAGAGGAGAAAAAGGAUGACAAGAAGGAUGAGAAAAAGAAUGACAAGAAGGAUGAGAAAAAAGAUGACAAGAAGGAUGACAAGAAGGAUGAGAAAAAAGAAGAACCGAAGGAAGUGUGGAUCAUGGACCCCGCCACAGAUUUGUACUACUACUGGUUGUGCGCAAUAUCCAUCCCAGUGUUCUACAACCUGAUGUUACUGGUGGCCAGGGCUUGUUUUAAUGAACUACAGUACACAAAUUCCACACUGUGGAUGGUUUUGGACUACAUAUCAGAUGCCCUCUACUACCUUGACACUUUUGUGAGAGCCAGGACAGGUUUUCUAGAGCAAGGACUGCUCGUAAAGGACGCAAAGCUCCUGAAAGAAAAGUACAUGAAAACGCGGCAGUUCAGAUUAGACAUCAUAUCAAUACUUCCCACUGAUAUUGUGUUCCUGCAAAUUGGAAUCAACAACCCAGAGUGGAGGUUCAACCGUCUGUUUAAGUUAGCCCGGCUCUUCGAGUUCUUUGAUCGGACUGAAACUCGAACCAAUUUCCCUAACAUAUUCCGAAUUGCUAACCUUGUGCUUUACAUCAUCAUCAUCAUCCACUGGAAUGCUUGCCUCUACUUUGCCGUCUCCAAGGUGCUUGGCUUAGGCUCAGACACCUGGGUGUAUCCCGAUAUGAAGAAUCCGGAGUACGCUCGCUUGGCCAGACAGUACAUCUACUGCUUUUACUGGUCCACACUUACCCUCACCACUAUUGGUGAGACGCCACCCCCAGUCCGAGACAUUGAAUACUUUUUUGUGGUAGUCGACUUCCUCACUGGGGUUCUGAUCUUUGCCACAAUUGUAGGAAAUGUCGGUGCCAUGAUUUCCAACAUGAAUGCUGCGCGCGUUGAGUUCCAGGCUAAGAUUGACUCGAUCAAGCAGUACAUGCAGUUUCGGAAGGUCACCAAAGAUCUGGAAGCAAGGGUGGUGAAGUGGUUUGACUACCUGUGGACAGAGGACAAAACCUGUGAUGAGAAGCAGGUGCUGAAGAACCUGCCGGACAAGCUGAAGGCGGAGAUAGCUAUCAACGUGCAUCUGGAGACCUUAAGCAAAGUGCGCAUCUUUCAGGACUGUGAAGCGGGCUUGCUUGUGGAGUUGGUCCUCAAGCUUCAGCCUCAAGUUUUCAGUCCUGGCGACUACAUCUGCAAGAAGGGAGACAUUGGCAGGGAAAUGUAUAUUAUCAAAGAAGGAAAACUGGCUGUGGUAGCAGAUGAUGGGGUAACCCAGUUUGUGGUUCUCAGUGACGGAGCGUACUUUGGAGAAAUCAGCAUCCUGGGUAUCAAGGGCAGUAAGGCAGGAAAUCGAAGAACAGCCAAUAUCCGAAGUGUGGGCUACUCUGAUCUGUUUGCCUUGUCUAAAGAUGACCUGAUGGAGGCGCUCAUUGAGUAUCCUGAAGCUAAAUAUGCGCUGGAGGAGAAGGGACGGGCCAUCUUGAUGAAGGAUAAUCUUAUAGACGAGUCACUUGUCGCUGCCACUGACUCCAAAGACUUGGAGGAAAAAGUCAACCAGAUCGAGGCCAGUUUUGAGGUCAUGUCACUCAAAUUUCGGAAGCUGACAAACCAGUACGAAUCCUCUCAGCGUAAACUCAAGCAGCGGCUCACUAAUAUGGCGAACCAGGUCCGAACCCUCAGGGUAGAUGAUGAGUAGAACUCGGCUUGGUACUACUAUUGCCAAGCUUAGGGACUCUUCUGUUUCAAAAGCAUGGACAGGGCUGGGCACCUCAAUACUUUCUGAACUGUGAGGAUCCAAAAACUGUCUGGUAUCACAAUAGGGUACAGAGUGCUUUACCAGUACUACCACCACCACUUUGCCUAGAUCUUCCAUAAAAUGCCCCCAACGCACCUGCCCAAGAAUACGUACCUGAUCUACAAAAAAUGUAUUAUCCUUUUUUAUUUGUAGCAUGAUUUUAACUCUUUGAAAUAAACAUCACAG